AUGCCCUAUCACUGUGAAGUCAAGCCGACCCUGGAUGUUCAUCCGGAAGACCCAAGGCGCAUUUAUUACAUCUACAAGGAGCUUUGCAAGGCUGGGCUUGUGGAUGAUCCCGAGUCAUCGCGACCGCUAGUUCCCCAGCCUCUACAGCGCAUAGACGCGAGAGAAGCGACUGAGGAAGAGAUAUCGUUGGUGCAUGAUGCGGAGCAUUAUGAUUUUGUGCAAAGUACAAAGUUCAUGCUUGAGGAGGAGUUAAUUGCUCUCGAGCACACGCGGGAUUCUAUUUAUUUCAAUUCCCUCACUUUUACAUCUGCCGUUCUCUCAUGCGGUGGUGCCAUCGAGACCUGUAUGGCUGUCGUGGAUCGGCAGGUGAAGAAUGCUAUUGCGGUCAUAAGACCUCCAGGACAUCAUGCGGAGAGAAACAAGACUAUGGGGUUCUGCUUGUUUAAUAAUGUUUGUGUUGCAGCGAAGGGACGUACAUCAUGGUAA